ACACAACGGAACAACAGCGCAUCUGUAAAUGUAAACGUGCACACAGAUACGGACACACACAUACAUACAUCAAAUGAGCAGCCAACAAGUUGUUUGGCAUUUUAUUUUGCUCUUGCCGCGAUAAGUUCGAUUCUGCUGCGACUGUGUCAAGUGCUGAACAUAGAUACGUGCGUGGUUAAUAUUGUUUUUCGUAGUAUCAUUAGUUGUUGUGGUUGUUGUUGCCGGUCAGUCAGCAAAAAGAGAUACAUUCCAUUUCCAUUCCGUUUGCAAUCGCGAUUCGCGAGUCGCGACUCAUUUGGCAGGCAAUCUGUGUGCGAGAUCGGCGACCUGCCAGUGACAGUGCUGUUAGUGUUGCUGUUAGUGCUGCUGCUUGUGAUAAAAGCAUGGAAAUGAAUCAUUCAACUCGGCGGCGCAUAUCAUAAAUGAAUAGUUUGUGUCCAGCAAAAACAAAAGCAAAAGCAAAAACUAAACGAAGCGAAACUAAACUGAACGAAACCGAAGCAGAAUGGGGAGGGGAACAGCUUAGAACGAUCAUAUAUAGAAAUAUGUAAAUCAUUAUGUGCAGCGUCAAUUGUCAAUUGAAAUCCCUCUUCUUCUUCCAGACGACAAAUGUGCCCAAAUAGUGCAAACAACAGUGCAUUUAAAUCUUCUUUAUUUUUUAUUGUGUCCGUGUUUGUGUGUGUGUAUGUUUUAAAUGUGGGCCAACGACACAAAUUUCGCAUAAUUGCAUAGAAAUUUGCAGCUAUCCGGCGACAAAAGCGAAAGGCGUCUUUAGUCAUGGACGGACAGGCGGGCGGCACACAGACGCGACCCGUGCCGGCGCCCCGUCGCCUCUACCCGGAGUUGCGGGCCUCCAACUACGAGAAUAUCGAGAUCAAUAACAACCACAACAACAACAACAACAACAAUAACAACAUCAGCAACAACAACAACACUAACAGAAAACAAAAUAUCGAAGCAAAGAAUCUGCAUGGCAGCUGCACGGAGAAAAAACUGCCGGCGAGUAGCCAUGGCAAGCUGAUACUGCAGGAACACAACGUGGAACAGCCCAUAUACGGCCCGGAUGCGAAUGAGAAUGUGUCCAGCCCCGAGCCAGUUUAUGCCAUGCCCAGGCCGGCGCCCAGGCAGCGAGCACGAGCCGAGCUGUUGCCGGAGGAGGAGUCGGAUCAGUUGGACAGUCAACAACCGCCUAGGGGUGCACUGCGUGCAGCGCCCCAGGUGCCACAGUUGCCACAGGCGUCCAAGCCACUGAAUAUUGAGCAGGAACGGCGACGACCCGACCGCUAUUCCAUCUCCAGUGAGUUCUCGACGACGAGCAUCGGCUGCGGCGGUGGCGUCAAUGGGCAGCCGGAGGACGAUUUCCGUUACACCUCAAAUGCAUCGCUCGACUACAGCGAGAGCUCGCAGAGCGGCAAAUACAAGUCGGCGUCACCCGGGUACGUAGACGAGGGCGAGCAAGUGGAUGAUGUUCGUCGGGAACGUGGGCAAGAUGAUCUUGAGUGUGAUUCCGAAAUGGAAAUGGAAACGGGGGCGGAACGCGCCGCCUUGUCCGAUCAGGCGGAGCUAUCCUCGACCUGUGACGACGAUGACAAAAACUUGCUGCGCUCGCUGGGCAACACCUCGAAGCUACUUGGCGAAUCGAUUGGCGAGCGGGUCGCGUUGAAGGCCAAAGGCGCCAAGAAGCGUCUGGAUAAGAAUCUGAAGAGCUCCACGGAGGCAAUUAGCAGUCUGAGCGCAGACGCCAGCAGCCGGCUAAGGAACGCCGGCAAACUGUUUGGAUCGAAUUUUACGCUGGGCAGACGAGACAACAAAGCGACGGAUUCGUCGGGCAUCACCAGCCUCUCCGAUUUGGAACAGCAAAUGGAGCUAGAUCGACGACGCACCAUGCCCAACACGGACGUCUUCAAUACGAUACAGUUCAGCAGUCCACUGCAUCGCAAUGCCGCCGGUGGCGGUCACACGGAUCUCAGCACGCACACCGAACUGGAGUACGAGGUGCCCAAGCCCAAAGUUCAGCACAAACCGAAGGUCAAGGCCAAGCCGCCCAGCUACGAUGAGGCAUUGCGUUCGCGUCCAGCGCCCCCCUUGCCGCUGGCCAAGAAUCUGGCUCAGGAGGCGGCUCAACUGGUGCAGCUGCGCAGUCAGCCACAGCACCCACAGCAACCACAGCAGCCACAGCAACAUCAGCCACAGCCACAGCAGCAGCGUCAGUCGAGCAGCGGUGAUUCGACGGGCGAGGAGCAACCCAUGCCCAGCUAUCCGCCGCCGCGUCUAUCACAGCAGCUGGAUGCUGCAGUGCAGCCGCCGGUGCGUCACAAGCGUCGCAAGAACUACGAGAACAUUGAGCUGCGUCGACCGCCUGUCGAUUCCGCGGAACUGCACGAACUCAAUCGGGUGGCAGCUGCCGCCGAGCGCGAGGAAUCGCUGCUCAUCUCGGCCAGCAUUGCCGUCGAGGAGGCGCGUGCACCCCAGCCCGAGCGUAGCGACUCUUGGCACUUCUAUGGCGAGGCAGCCGAAUCUGAAGCCGAGCCCGUUGCCGAUUCUGAAGCGGACGCUGACGCGGAAGCUGAAUGCGAGUCCAGUUCCUCGCCGGAGCCAGUCUAUGCCAAUCAUGAGGCCACCUAUGGCAAACUCUUCGAGAUGGCCACCAGCAGCACGAGUCGCGGCAAACUGUUGACGCCCCAACUGGAGCUGGCAUGCAUCAGUGAGGAUGGGGAGCUGGAUAGCAAUGAUGGCGCCGUUGGCGGCUGUUGGCCAGCAUCUGUUCACGCGCCGCCGCCGCCGGAGCUCAUUGAGGAGUUUGAUCCGCUGAUGGGUAAAUGCUCAACACUGUCGCGCUCCAACAAGAGCAACGAGCUGCUGCUGCUCGAGCAUCUGCUCGAGGAGGACACCUAUGGCACCAUCAAGCGCGAACAGGACGAUGUCAGCAUGUGCACCUCCGAGGAGGAUGGCCGAAAUGAUGCAUCAGCAUCAGCAGCUGCCACUUCCACUGCAGCUUCAACUGACACUGCCACUGCCACUGCCACUUCAUCUAGAAACCUGAAAAAAGAAGGAAAAGCAAACCAGCCGCAAAUUGUUCAUCAGAAUGCGCAGCUGUUGAGUGACAGCAUGGAGCAUAUGCUGGAUGGCAACGAUACGCUGGAUGCGUCUGAGUUGCGCGCCCGGCCCUAUCUCAGUCGGCUGGAGGAGAAGCCAGCGACGGCAAUUGUUGAUCUGGCGGCACCGUCACGCAAUCGCACCAAUUGGUUUGUCGGCGACAAGGCGCACAUCGAGGGCGACAGUCCGCCCACCUAUUUGGAGGCCAUUGGCGGCGACGGACAACCGAUGACAACGGCGCCGUCAGCUGCCUCAGCUGCGUCCGCUUCGUCAGCGACUCCCGGCAGCUCAGAGACGCGAAAUACGCUGGGUUCCCGCUUCCGGCAGACGAUGAACGCCUUCUCGAAUGUGAAGAUCCGCAUGGAUGCGAUGAAGCGCAGGGCAAGCUUCAAGGCCGGCGGCCAGCGACAGUCGGAUGUGAAGGUGGCGCUGCAGAUGGUGCCCAGGCCGAGUCUGUCGCCGCUGCUGGUGCGCUACGAGGGGCCGCUGGUGCGUUUUCCAUCUGGGGUCGUCGAGGAUAUACUGAAGGAGAUGCAGAACCGCAAGGCCGUGCUGCGGGACAGACAGUUUCAGACGUAUCUCGACCAGGAGAUGAAGACGCCCAAGGAGAUAAUACCGUUGGAUGCCAUCACGACGCUGCAGUGCGUCAGCAAUAGUCGCGUCACCGAUAGCGCCACACAUUUCUACUGUUUCGAGGUGACGACAUCACAGCCAAAGAAUGGCGGUGCCGGUGGCAGCGACACCAUGUCCUCCAAUCCCAAUCUCUUGAUGACCAGCAAUGCCAGCGGCAAUGUGAAGCAGCAGCGUGUCGCCCAUCUCUAUGGCGUUGGCAAAGAGUCCGAGCGCGGCGUCUGGAUGCAAAAGAUCCUCGAGAGCCUCACCAACAUUGUGCCCGUGAAGUACACUUGCCACUAUUAUCGAGCCGGCUGGUGCUAUCUAAAGAACUCGAUCACCUCAGAGUGGAGCGGCACUUGGCUGGUGCUGCGCAAGAGUCAGCGGCGCCUCAUCUUUGUCAGCGAGGCCAAUGGCAAUGUGGAGAAAAUGGAUUUGCGAAAGGCGCGUUGCAUUGUUCUCAAGGAGAGCGACGAGUCCAUUGACAAUCUGCACGUGGAGAGCGGCCCAAUGCUGAUGAUCGACUGUCCGCCGUAUGCGGUCUACAUGAUAAUGAGCUCGGCGCGCGAGACAAAAAUCUGGCGUCACAUUAUCAGGGAGGUGGCGCAUAACAACGGCUUCUCGCUGGGCGAUCAGCAAUUGACGCGCUACGAUGUGCCCGUCAUUGUGGAUAAGUGCAUUAACUUUGUGUACAUACACGGCUCCAUGUCGGAGGGUAUUUAUCGCAAGUCGGGAUCGGAGAACUCCAUGCACAAGCUGAUGAGCGCCUUUCGGGCCGACGCCUUCAACGUGGAGAUCACACGCAACGAGUACAAUGAACACGAUGUGGCCAAUGUGCUCAAGCGAUUCAUGCGCGAUCUGCCGGAAAGAUUGCUUGGCAAACUGACCGAUAGCUUUGUGUUUGUCACCGAACUGGCCGUGGCCACCGAGAAGAUACCCAUCUACCAGGAGCUGCUCGGUCGCCUCAGCACCAUUGAGCGCGAGACGCUGCGUCGCAUUGUCGGCCAUUUGGUGUUCAUCAGCUCACAGCAGGCCAAGAACAAAAUGAGCGUACAGAAUCUGACCAUUUUAUGGGGCCCAACGUUGCUAGCCAAAAAGUGCGACGAGCUCAUCUACUCUCAGAAGGAAGCCGAUGUGCUAACCGAUCUGAUAGUGCUCUAUAAGAAUCUAUUUCCCUGCUGCGCCGAUGAAAUGAAAAAGGAGCAAGCGAUGCUGAUGUGCCUGCAGAAAUAUUAUGCAGCCGCCGAAACAUUAAAGGAUGCCGUAAAGCAAUCGGGUGACAUUAAGAUCUGGAUCAGUCUAAAUCCCAAUCCCGACAAUACCACAGAGGAGAAAACGCAGGUGAAUGCCACAAUUUCGCCGACGAAGACCGCCUAUGAGCUGUGCCGCGAGUACUCAAAGAAGAUGCGGAGACCCACGCACGAGCUGACACUGUAUGAGGUCAUAUUGAACGACAGCUUGGAACGUCCCCUGCAUCACGAUGUUAAGGUGUUCGAUGUCAUAUUGAACUGGUCCUACUGGCCGGAGGAGGAUCGCAAGCACAACUACCUCAUGGUGCGACCCAUUGAGAUGCUGCGCGAAGUGCAGCGGGCUGUCAAGAAUCUGGCGACGGUGACGCCUGGCAAAGAGCUGCGCUUCGCCGACUAUCGCACCAAAUCCUUCAAAACACUGCAGUGUGAGCUGCGCGACGGCAAAAUCGUUGUCUCCAAGAAGGAUAAGAACGACAAAACGACCAUUGUUCGCGAAAUCUUUUUGCACAGCUCCACAGCGUAUUUGGGCUGUGAGCGCAAGCGGGACUUCCCCUGGAGCUGGGCGAUCACAUUCGUGGAGCGCACCCAGGCGCAAAUUAUGAGAUCACGAGAUGCCCCCUUCAUUGGGCACGUGUUAGCCGGCAGCGAGUGGGUCGAUCGCACCAUCUGGUACUCGAGCAUAUGGUAUUGUCUAUAUGGCGAUAACAUACUGCCGCCGGCGGAGAUUAUCCUGAAGUGAACAACGGAAUGGCGCAUCGGAGCAGCCAUUCGUUUGCCAAUCUAUUCUGCCUGCACUACACUAGCAUUUAAUAUAUAUAUAUAUUUAAUCAUGUUUUAAAUCUCACUUUGGGAUCCAAGCCACAAUACCGAGUAUAACAUACUUUUUCAAUCGCAAUAUAAUUCAGAUCACUUUAAUUUAAUUAUCAUACAAUCCAAAAAGUAUGCUAUAUGUUUGUGGA